CUGUCCUUGAGAAUUUUGCGUUCCGGAUUUCGACGUGCAUUUCGUGCCGGUUUUCUGGGGGCCCGGAAGGAAGACCACAAGUCCGCGUGGAAUGUCGCAGCUGUUUUGGCUCGAGCCAUUCCAGCUCGGGGUAGGUCGGCGGCCACCCGCGGCGGAGUGCCCCCCUCGCGGCCCGUCCCGCGGCGGUGCCCGGCGCGCGCGCGCUGCGCGCCAUGGCGGGCCUGGACGAGCGCGCCCUGGAGGCCGCUCUCGCGGGCCUGCGCGAGGAGCUGCGGGGCGGCCUGGACCGCCUGGAGAGGCUGUGGGGCGACCCCCUCGACGCGGGCGGCGCCCUCCGCCAGGCCCUGCGCGCGGAGCUGCUGCGCCCGCCGAGGGGGCGGGCGCGGCUGCUGGAGCGGCGGCCCGCCUCGCCGGGGGGGCGGCAGAGGCCUUCGCUCUCGUCGCCGGGGGCGCGGAGCGACGGGAGCGACUGGACGGGGACCCAGAGCGAGAGGAGCGGCGAGGCGUGCGCUGCCGCGGGUCGCCCGUCGCCAGGGGUCCAGAGCGUCGGGAGCGACUCGACGUUCGCGGCCGCGGGUCGCGGCGGCGGCGGCAGGGCUCGGCGGAGGGGCAGAGACGUAGCCACGCCCGAGCCAGUGUUCUCCAAGGAGACCCUCGGCGCGCGGCGGGCGGCGUGGAGGUUGUUACAUCGCCACGGCACUGCAUUCGACUUCGUCAUCGGCCUGAUCAUCGUCUUGAGUUCCAUCAUGCUGGGGGUGGAGAUUCAGUGUGAUCUGGACGGCAAUGCAGCCUGCACGCAGAGGGCCCAUGAUCUAGAGCAUGUUUUCCUGUCGAUCUUCAUAGUGGAGCUGGUCAUCCGCGUACUUGCUGACGGCCUGGGCAAUUUCCGCAGCAAGUGGUUCCGAUUCGACUUCAUUUUGGUUAUGAUGGGAGUGUUUUCCACCUGGGUGGUACAUCCCAUUGUGGAAAGUACCUCGGACGACGCUGAAGGACGACUGUUGCUCGACAUUAUGUCCAAGGUGCUAGUGCUGCGGAUACUGCGACUCACCCGCCUCGUGCGCGCUCUGCGCAUCUUCGAGCAGUUUCAGGAGAUGUGGAAGCUUGCGAAUGGCCUCCUGCGCUCGUUCCGGACUGUUAUGUCCGCCUGCAUCAUGAUAUUAUUGACGGUAUUCGUGUUUGCUUGUCUCGGCGUUGAGCUGAUCUUUCAGGAUUCUUCCUUGAUGGGAGAUCCAGUGACCGCAGACGUUAUCCAGGAUCAUUUCCGAUCUCUGCCGGUAGCGAUGUUCACCUUGGUUCAGUUCGCAAACGCAGACUCCAUUGCAAGCGUGUACAUGCCUAUCGUGACUAAGGCAUGGUAUAUGGGAGUCUAUUUUGGAUUUGUCUGGCUCAUCGUGACUAUCAAACUGAUGAACUUGAUUACUGCUGUCAUUGUGGACAACGCCAUCACACAAGCCGACGAAGAUCGAGAGAUGGACCUGAUUGUUAGGCGAGGCAAGUUGAGGGAUCUUGAACCUCACGUCGAAGAAGUCUUUCAGACUCUCACCGAGAAGGCCGGAACGAAGAACCUCAGCUUGAAGGACUUCAGAUCUGGAUUGGAAGACAUGAUGCAGGCGCACGUCUUGAGAGAUUUGCCGCCAGAACUCAGGAAGGUUUUAGCUUCGGACCAGAUCGUAGACGUCUGCAGUUAUCUCGACGCCGAUCGCUCGGGCGAGAUCGACCAAGGCGAGUUCGUGGACGGCAUCUUCAACUUGAUGCUCCAGUCCGUCCCCGUCGAGACCACCCAGAUGCUCCAGAUGCUGCGCUCACAGGGCGACGCGAUGAGACACAUCGAGAGGAUGCUCGCUGACUCGUAGGGCCGUCCGCUGGCCGCCCACCGCUCCGUCCUGCGAUGGCGGGUCCGUGGCCGCGGGGGACGUGCGCACGCCGCCCGUGCCGCCUCGCGCCCGCCGGGGGAGGGCAGGCAGGCAGGACGGCCGCCCCUGGGCCGCGGCCGCACAACAGGGUGCGAGGCCACCGCGGCUGCGGCCCGCCGUCGCAAGGCUUGGCCUGGAGGAGGUCGAGGUGGAGGGCUUGGAGAGGCAGUCCGUCGGUGCCCGGCAGCGGCGCCGCUCCGCGGCGCGCGGGGCCACCGUCGGGGCACCACCCCCGUGCAGCUGCGGGCGGGGCUCGGGGAGGUGCGGCGCUCCGCUGCAGCGCGCCUGCCUCCGCGCCGCCGCAUCAUCCCCUCUCUUCCUCCCCGCUCCCUCCGCGCACACCCUCGCGGCCUCUCCGCCUCGGGCACCGCCCGACCAGGCGGAGGCAGGGAGGAGGGUCUGGAGGCAGGAUCGGAACUCGGUCUCUCCCGCGGCGGCUUCUCGCUUCUGCCCCGCGGGAGGCGAGACUGUGCGAGCGCUGCUGGCGAAGCCCCGGCAGGUGCACGCACGCGCCGGGUCGCGCGGGCUCAGCAUCGCCGCCCGUCGCACACAGCUGCAUGCUCAGACCUGGCUUCCAGCCUCUGUACUUUCUCUUCGGGAGCCCCAGAGACGCGCGUCCAUGUGAACAGCUGAGGACGUUUACAUGCUGCAGGCCUUGAAUUCGAGCCACUUGCUCGUGGUAGCCUUUGGCAGGAGGCACAAUAGCAAUAGACACCAAAAAAUCCGAGUGGAAGUCACUUCGUUUUCCGCUCGCCGUUUCGGGUGUUUUGCAGUGACA